AUGUCUAGUCGAUAAUCUGGGCGACAAUCCAUUUUACACUCGAGUAAUCCAACUGCUAUAAAGUUAAAAAAUAAAAAUAAAAAAAGAAAGGAUGUGCUUUACUUGCUCUAGAUGUAAGGGCUCACCUUUACGUUAGGGGAGGUGCUUGUGUAUAAAUAGGAACGAGCGAACUCGUCUAGGUAGAUAAAAACACUUCGAUAAUUGAAUAUCAUACUCAUUUUUGCAUUCUCCAUUUUUUUUGUUGUUGAAAGACUGCAACGAGGAGAGGAACCCAAUGGGGCAGCAAAUAAGCAAAAAACUAAGGAAGUCAAAUCCUGCAGAGCCACGACCAGAGUUUCACAAAGAAGGGAGUUCGAAAGCCAUGGCAAGUGGAGCCUCCCAAGACGGUCGCAAAACAGCUGGAGAGGUUCAUGUAGAAGGAAGUUCAGAAGGCAUGGUAAAUCUUGUGGAAGACAGUCGCAGGUGGGUGGAGCAACUGCGCAUGAGACGAUCAAAUAAAGUCCUGCCAAGAGCGAAGGUAAUUGAGAACUAUCGAUCAUUGUUUGAGGCCGCGUGGAAAGGUGAUUGGAAAACUACCGAGAAACUCCUCAAUGAAGACAUUGCAGCAAUGACAGCCCAUGUUAUGACCACUGAAAGUCAGGGCUUUACUGUGCUCGAAGUUGCGAUUAUGGGCGAACAAGAUCAGUUGGUUGAGAAUCUGAUCAAGCACUUUCCUAAAUAUCACAAUCCUAGUCGGGCCCUCUGCUUUGCUGCUCGAGGGGGAAGAAUAAGGAUAGUAAAGGCAUUAGCAGACGAAGUUGAGUAUGAUCCUGAAGAUAAGGAAAAAAUUAUAGCUGAUGCGUUGGACCUUGCAUUCACGUUUUCUCCUACGCAGAAGGAGGUUAUCUGGUAUCCCUCUAUGGUUGGUCGAUACAGUGUUUGA